GGCGUGUGUCAGAGAGAGAACGAACGCACGCACGCACGCAAACCAUAUGCACCUGCUCUGACGCCCUAACUCUCACAUUCAUAUUAUUGAGAAGAACUGUUGCCAGGACUGGAGUGCAUCUUUAACGAGAGGCGUAGCUAUUCAGUUGUGCUCCCCGGAGAAGAAAUUUCCGCUUCCUGCUGUGAAAAACAUCGAACUUUUGACCUAAUCGCAUCAAAUGUGGACUGCAGAACAGAAAAACAAGCAAGAAGUAAUGUAAUUCUGUAUAUGAAAGCGCAAUUUAAAGCAUCCGAGUGUGCUGAAAAUAUCGGUAUGCACAAGUCGGGAAACUGAAUGAAAGGUAUUUUUCUUCCACAUCUAAAACACCUUCAAUAUGUCGGAGAGAGGGGGUCUCCCGCGGAUUGGGGGCACGCCAUCUCCAUAUAUGCAGCCGUCCAAGACACUAACUAUCUCCCCGAACCGUCCGGUUCAAAUGAACCUGUAUGCAACCUGGGAAAUUGAUCGCUCAUCUCCAAGCUGUGUGCCCAGGCUCUUCACUGUUACCCUGAAGAAGCUGCUGAUGCUUCAGGAGCUGGACAGAGACCUAACCUCUGUUGUCAUUGCAGUCAAACUCCAGGGAUCAAAGCGCAUUUUACGUUCCAAUGAGAUCCUGUUGGCAUCGGCUGGACUUACUGAGACUGAUCUUCAGCUGACAUUCUCCUUGCAAUAUCCACAUUUUUUGAAACGAGAUGCCAACAGACUGCAGAUCAUGUUGCAGAGGAGGAAGAGGUACAAGAACCGCACCAUUCUGGGCUAUAAGACCCUGGCUCUGGGCCUUAUCAACAUGGCAGAGGUGAUGCAGCAUCCCAGUGAGGGAGCCCGUGUGUUGGCUCUCCACACCACAGUGAAGGACACGGCUGUGACUGUGGCUGAGAUGAGGGUCUACUCGCUCUCCAGCCAGCCCAUCGACUACGAGGUGUCCAAGGCCAAACUGUCAGACCGCUCCCCUGACAUUGACAACUACUCUGAGGAAGAGGAAGAGAGCUAUUCAUCAGAGCAGGACGGGAGUGAUGACCCUGCUCACAUUCAGUAUCUGUUCGACGAAGAAGAUGACAUGAGGAAGAAGAAGCACAGACGCAAACUCACCUCUGCAGCCUCCAUCACCAGAGGUCAUCCCAACAUCAAGCAGAAGUUUGUGGCCUUGUUGAAGAGGUUUAAAGUGUCUGAUGAGGUGGACUUUGGCCUGAAGCACGUGUCCCAGGAGCACAUCCGUGAUGUGGAAGAGGACCUGGAUGAGCUCUAUGACAGUCUAGAGAUGUACAACCACAGUGACAGCGACCCAGAGAUGGAGGAGACGGACAGCAUCCUCAGCACACCCAAACCCAAGCUCAGGCCCUUCUUUGAGGGCAUAUCCCAGUCCAGCUCACAGACCGAGUUUGGCAGUCUGAACAGCAGGUGCAGUCUGCCCAAAGACACCCUGUGCCCACAAGGAGAUCAGCCCCAAUCAGGCAAGAUGAACUGCACUCGCUCCCGCAACCUGGAUGACUCUAAGACAGACACUCAGGAGUUGAUUGAUCCGAAGGGGUUACUGGAGGCAACCGCCUGCAUCACUGUCUCUGUCCCAGAGAGGCUACCCAGGACCCCGACGAGGGAACUGAGGAGCAGCAACAGUGAGAGCCACACCACCAUGCCCUCCCCCAGGUUGAAUGGUGGGCACACACCCAGGCAGAGACGUGGGACGCCAAUGAAGGAGAGGCGAGCGCUGUCCAAACCACUGAGCGAACGCACCAACAGCUCUGACAGCGAGAGGUCACCAGAGCUCAGCCGCACCCCACAGCUGCCCAGGAAGGCUGUGUAUGACCAGUUGAAUCUGGUCUUCUCCUCAGACACUGUCCUACCAGACAGCCUAGUCCUGGUCAACACCAGUGAUUGGCAGGGACAGUAUGUGUCUGAGGUGCUACUGGCCCAGAAGCAGCCAGUAGUGUGUACCUGCUGUGGGGUGGAAAUUCAGGCUGUCCUCACCACCCUCCUCACACGCAUCCAGAAGUUCUGUAACUGUAACUCGUCCACGCCGCCGCCAGUCAAGGUGGUGGUGGCAGGGGGACAGAGCUACCUGGGGGCCAUCCUACACGUCUUUGUCAGUCAGCUGGCCAACAAAACAUCCGAUUGGCUCAGCCUCAUCCACUUCCUGGUUGUCCCCCUGGGCUGUCACCCUGUAGCCAAGCACCUGGCCUCCCUGGACCCUCGCUACAGUUCUGUGUUCCUGGACAAUGCCUGGAAAGAUCUGUUCAGCGGCCUUGAGCCCCCUCGCUCCACUGCAGACGGAGUGGACGUGGCAGCAAGGAUCAGGCAGUACAUCAGCAGCGUCUCUGUCACACACCAGUUACCUAUCGCUGAGGCCAUGCUCACCUGCGAGAACAAGAGAUAUGACGAAGACUCUUACCAGAAGUUUGUUCCCUUCGUUGGGGUGGUGAAAGUAGGGUUGAUUGAACCAACUCUGGCGUAUUCAGGUGGAGACACUGAAGAGGCUGUUAGUGUUAGCUUGGCUGUUCCCUCUACCUCUCCACAAUCUCAUGGAUCUCCCACAGGGAUGCCCAGAGAGGCUGCCACACCCCCAUCUCCCUCCCUGAGCAGCGGACUGGUGAGCCCUAACAUGUCCCAUGGGGUGGACACCAUUGGGCUGACGGUGGAUUAUUGGGUAGCGACAUGCUCAGAGCGGAAGAAGGAUGGGGAGCGGUGUGACAAGGGCUCCAAGAACACGCUGAAGAGUGCCUUCUGCUCCCUGCAGGUCAGCAGGCUGCCAGGAGGGGGCUCCACUGAGAACCAUCCCCAGGCCAACACCAUGGCCAUGACCAUGGUCACCAAGGAGAAGAACAAGAAAGUCUCCACCAUAUUCCUGGGCAAGAAGCCCAAAGAGAGGGAUGUAGACUGUAAAAGCCAGGUGGUUGAGGGCAUCACCAGACUCAUCUGUUCUACCAAGCAGCAGCAGACCAGCCUAAAAGUGUCUGUUGACGGUGUGGAGUGGACCGAUGUCAAGUUCUUCCAGCUGGCUGCCCAGUGGCCCACCCAUGUGAAGUACCUGCCAGUGGGGCUGUUUGGUUACAACAAGCCCGCCACCUAGAGGCCAACCCAGACAAGACAGCCACCUAGAGGCCAACCCAGACAAGACAGCCACCUAGAGGCCAACCCAGACAAGACAGCCACCUAGAGGCCAACCCAGACAAGACAGCCACCUAGAGGCCAACCCAGACAAGACAGCCACCUAGAGGCCAACCCAGACAAGACAGCCACCUAGAGGCCAACCCAGACAAGACAGCCACCUAGAGGCCAACCCAGACAAGACAGCCACCUAGAGGCCAACCCAGACAAGACAGCCACCUAGAGGCCAACCCAGACAAGACAGCCACCUAGAGGCCAACCCAGACAAGACAGCCACCUAGA